AUGGCUAGAGGAAACCAAAGAGAAUUAGCUAGAGCUAAAAAUUUAAAAAAGCAACAGGAAGCACAAAAAGCUCAGAAACAGGGAGAUAAAAACAAGAGAAUGGAGACUGAUGCUGAAAAGAUGAGAGCCAAGCAAGCAGCAGCUGACGCCAGAAAAGCCGCCGAAGCUUUGGCAAAGGCUCAAAAGAAAUGA